CAGAUUCGGUUGAUUUAAAAAUCCCCAAGAUUCAAGUCGUCCAGGAAUCAGGUCGCGCAAGCGUAUCUCCUCAGAGAUGCGAAAAUCCACCAGAACUCAGAUCGUCACUGCUGAGGUGUACCCUAUACUGUCACAUCAGCUCGCCAUUGCGGGCACACUUACCAGCUCGUCACAUAUUGUGGCGGCAGCCACAUUUGUCAGGUCGAUACACGGAUUGCAGCUCGCACAGGUCACAAACUUUUACGUAAAUCAAUGGGUACCUCAGGUCGCCCUAAAGGAUCGUCGCACCUUCUGGUCGCACUUCGGUGGUGCUCCAAGCUCAGGUCGUGACAAAUACGAGCUGCUCGGGCGUUCCAUGCAGGGAUGGUCCCCGAGUGAGCUCGUCUAUUGCCAAUCACUUCAGCUCGCCGCCAUGACCAGCCCACACUAAUGUGGCCGUGAAUACCAGCUCGC